AUGAAAGAUGUUAAUUCUGAUAAAUGGAUUGAUGCCAGUAAAGAAGAAAUAGACUCAAUGGUUAAGAAUGGAGUUUGGGACAUUGUUCCAUUGCCUGAAGGACACAAAGCGGUCGGGUGUAAGUGGGUCUUUAAGACCAAACUCAACUGUAAUGGCAAUGUUGAACGAUAUAAAGCCAGACUUGUGGCCAAAGGGUUUAAUCAAAAAGAAGGCAUUGAUUAUGAGACAUUUUCUCCCGUGUCAAGAAAAGACUCUCUCAGAAUUAUCUUGGCGUUAGUAGCUCAAUAUGAUCUUGAGUUACAUCAAAUGGAUGUGAAAACUGCCUUUCUUAAUGGAGACUUAGAAGAAGAAGUCUACAUGUGUCAACCUGAAGGCUUCAUAAUUGAAGGUCAGGAAAACAUGGUCUGCAAAUUAAAGAAAUCAAUAUAUGGACUGAAACAAGCUUCGAGGCAAUGGUAUCUAAAGUUUGAUGAAAUCAUUACGAAAUUCGGUUUCAAAGAAAAUUGCUGCGGAUCCAUGUAUAUACCUCAAGAUCAGUGGGAGUAA